AUGAUAGGCACCAGCCGAGCGGAGCUGUACUUCAUCCGCGUCUCCAUCAUCGUCUUCCGCUACACACCCGCAAUAUGUGCCUUCGCUCUCCUCCUGCUCUACCUUUCCGGCAUCAACUCAUCAUGGAAGAUCUUUGCCACGGUCAUAUUGGCACUCUCCCUGGCUGCAGAGGGCCUCUUCUACCUUCUGGCUUGGCGGCCAGCCCAGGCUCGCCUGCGCCUCAAAGCCGUGUAUCCCCCUCCAUUGACGUCGCCCGAGCGUAGAGUGCUGUUUGAGAAGUGCAUAGAAAACAUGCAGUCGCCUGAACGAUACCUCCAAGGUUGGUUCCUCGGCGCAGAUCUGCAGGACAUCCGGCGAGAAAACCUGAGAGAGUUCAUAAUGUGGGCCUUCUUUGAUCGUGAGGAGACGGAUUUCGGCGACUGGAGCGCAUCCGAGGAGCAGGACAUGGACUACUUCAUCCAUCUGAUUGAGGAGCGGCUGGGGAAGACUAUUGAGCCUGGCCGUACCCCAGUCAAGAGUCUUCGCCUCAACAUUGACGGCAUCCACACAACCUACCGAAGUCUUGCCUGGUACAUUGUCAUUUUCUUUGUGGACCAAUUCACCCAUGUCGCGCUUUGGUUUCAUGGCUUCCAGUACUUUACUGCUGAAUCAAAUCGCGAAGUCUUUCCUCCGAGGCCGCAAAGGUUUCUCACAGCUCACCAGUCGGAGGCUCCCGGGCUCAGUUAUUGGUACUCCCCGCGCCAGGAGGUCGAUGACACCAAUAUGCCGAUUAUCUUCUUCCACGGUAUUGGCGUAGGCCUCUUGACAUAUAUCCGGUUCUUGGCUGGCCUAAAGAAGAGCAACCGGGCAGGUAUCAUUGCCAUCGAAACUCUACCCAUCUCAUUCCGCCUGGCCUCUUCCCCUCUGGACAGGGUGGAAUUUCUGGGCCAGGUCAAUCUCAUACUCGAUCACCACAACUGGGACACGUUUGCCAUCGCCACCCAUUCCUAUGGCUCAGUACAGGCUGCCCACAUACUCCACUCGCCGAGCAUGCGAUCUAGGGUCAGCGCUAUUGCAAUGAUCGACCCUGUAACCGUCAUGCUUCACCUGCCCCCUGUGGCUUACAAUUUCACUCGCCGACUCCCUAGUCGUGCAAAUGAGUGGCAGCUAUGGUACUUUGCGAGCACAGAUCCAGGUGUCGCUCACUGUCUCGGUCGGCAUCUGUUCUGGCGGGACACCAUUAUUUGGAAGGAUGAUCUGGUCCAAAGGCGUGGAUCAGACGGAAGCAAGAUUGGAAAUAGACGGGUGGCUGUCAUACUCUCGGGUCAAGAUAUCAUUGUUGAUGUUCCCAGCGUGGCCAAAUAUCUUGAAUCGAGGGGGCAGGAUGUAUUAGACCUGAACGGCGACGGCAAAGUUCUUGUGAAGGUGUUCCCGGAGCUUGACCACGCGCAGGUAUUUGACUAUCGUGCGGCAUGUGAUGAAGCGAUCGACAUUGUCACGUCGUGUUGCGACGCAUAG